GUUUCCCCUCACUUCACUCCUCCAUCAUUCGUCUCAGCUACCCCCUCAUCGUCAAGAACUCACUUCACUCUCCACUGUGUGUUUGUGCGUGAAAAAUGGUGGUCUCAAAUUACCUGCUUCUUGAAGAGCCCAUUAGGAUGGCUUCCAUUCUCGAGCCCUCCAAGCCUAGUUUCUUUCCGGCAAUGACCAAGAUAGUGGGGACACUAGGCCCGAAUUCACGGUCUGUUGAGGUUAUCGCUGGCUGUCUCAAGGCUGGAAUGUCUGUUGCACGAUUUGAUUUCUCGUUUGGUGAUGCGAAAUUUCACCAAGACACACUGGAGAACUUAUCGAUGGCAAUCAAGGCAACACAAAAACUGUGCGGGGUUAUGCUAGAUACAUUGGGUCCAGAGCUGCUACUUGUCAACAAGUCUGAGCACCCAAUCGCCCUUGAGGAAGAUUCUUUUGUCAUCCUAACACCCGAUCAAGAUAAGCAAGCUAGUUCGGAUCUACUUCCGAUUAAUUUUAGUGGAUUAUCCAAGGCCGUGAAAAAGGGAGAUGAUAUUUUCAUUGGCCAAUACUUGUUUACUGGAAAUGAAACGACUUCGGUUUGGAUGGAGGUGUCAGAGGUAAAAGGGGAGGAUGUGGUAUGUCGGAUCAAGAAUUCUGCCACGUUGGCUGGGCCGUUAUACACAUUGCAUGUCGCAGGGAUCCAUAUCGAUCUUCCUACUCUCACUGAUAAAGAUAAGGAGGUUAUAAGCACUUGGGGAGUUCGAAACAAAAUAGAUUUUCUCUCACUUUCUUAUGCUCGACGGGCUGAAGAUGUUAGACAUGCGCGCGAGUUUCUUUCUGGAUUAGGUGACCUCAGUCAGACUCAGAUUUUUGCGAAGAUUGAGAACGUGGAGGGCUUGGAUAAUUUUGACGAGAUUCUCCAAGAAGCAGAUGGCAUAAUCCUUGCUCGCGGAAAUCUUGGAAUAGAUCUACCACCCGAGAAGGUAUUCUUAUACCAAAAGGAAGCCAUUUACAAAUGCAAUGUUGCAGGGAAGCCCGCAGUGGUGACUCGUGUUGUAGACAGCAUGACCGACAACUUAAGGCCCACUCGUGCUGAGGCAACUGAUGUUGCAAAUGCUGUGCUAGAUGGCACUGAUGCAAUUCUACUAGGUGCAGAGACCUUACGAGGACUUUACCCUGUCGAGACAAUAUCUACAGUCGGGAAAAUUUGUUCCGAGGCUGAAAAGGCCUACCAUCAAGAUCUCUAUUUCAAGAAGGCCGUGAAACAUGUUGGCGAGCCAAUGUCGCACCUAGAAUCAAUAGCUUCCUCAGCAGUCCGUGCUGCCAUCAAGGUGAAGGCAUCGAUCAUUAUUUGCUUCACUUCAUCGGGAAGAGCUGCAAGGUUAAUAGCUAAGUAUAGACCUACUAUGCCGGUUUUGUCCGUUGUCAUUCCCCGUCUGAAGACGAAUCAGCUCUCGUGGACCUUCAGUGGGGCUUUUGAGGCGAGGCAAUCUCUGAUAGUAAGAGGCCUUUUCCCCAUGCUUGCAGAUCCUCGGCAUCCAGCUGAAUUCUCGAGCUCGACAAACGAGUCCGUGCUGAAGGUAGCCUUGGAUCACGGGAAGGCCUCUGGCGUCAUAAAACCACAUGACCGCGUGGUGGUUUGCCAGAAAGUUGGGGAUGCGUCUGUGGUGAAGAUCAUUGAGCUUGAAGAUUAGGGCUCCACUCAACAUCAUGUUAAAGUGUUGAAUAAUGUAUCACUUUGUUGGAUGAAUGUAUUAAACAAUCUUCGAAUUCUAUUUUUCAGCUAAUUAAAUGAACUGGUCGUGUGAUAAAGGAGAGAUCUGAAUGAAAAUUGUCAUUUUAUUUUUAUC